AUGAUGAUGGUCCUGAGCCCCCUGUUUUUCAUCUUCAUGCUGGAUCUGGGUCUGACCCCACUGACCUUGGCUCAGGAUGACCACAGAUACAGACACUUCCUGUCCCAGCACUAUGAUCCCAAACCAAAGGGCCGGGAUGACAGAUACUGUGAAAGCAUAAUGAAGAGCCGAAACCUGACCAAUCCCUGCAAAGGCGUCAACACCUUUAUUCAUGGCAACAAGAAUGACAUCAAGGCCAUCUGUGAAGAUAAGAAUGGAAAACCUUACAGAGGCAAUCUCAGAAUAAGCAAGUCUCCCUUUGAAGUCACCACUUGCAAGCAUAAAGGAGGGUCCUCCCGGCCUCCAUGCAAGUACAGAGCCACAAGAGGGAGGGUACAGAGUCAUUGUUAUUGGCUGUGA